GCUGCCUUCACACUGCUGGUUAAAACUGGCUCGAGCUCUGGUUGGUCUGUCUGUGGUCAGUGGAGCUGUAUGCCAAUUGCUUUAAUGGCAGUUUUUACUGAAAACACUCAUAAUACAGUUUGGAUUGCUCUGAAGAGGCUUGAUCUCAAUGAUGGCAGGACCACAGCCUUGCGAGAGGUGCAUAUUCCAAGUGAUGCAAAUGUAGCCACUGUAACACAAAUAUUGGCUCAUUCUUUCAGGCUUGAUGCGUCUCAGACAACAUUUAAGAUCAGAAAUAAUCAUGGAUGUUUAAUACCUUUAAACUGCAGGAUGACUCCAAACAGCAAACAAAUGCCGUAUGUCCUUGAAGUAGUCAAAAACUACCAGCAUGUUAAUCCAAGACCCAGAAGUAUCCCUAUGACUGUGAUCAAUAAAACAAUGAAGCCACGACUACAGAGCAUUGUGAAAAGAAUUGAAAGAUUAGAAGAUCUGUUGCCUCAAGUCAAACAAAAACACCAUGAAAAGAUGUCAACGGAUAUUGAGUUACUGAAUCAAAAGUUGGCGUUUCUUCACAAAAGAAUGCAGACGGCUGAAUCUUAUUGCUGGGAGGGGAUGCUUAGACGUGCUCCACUGUGGUGAAUGAAGGCUCUAUUGAAUGAAGUCUGGUAGACCUAAAUAAUAAUCACCAUUUAUAUUUUGUCUGCAAUAUGUUUUUGUGAGGUUUUGUCAUUUUCUGAUCAUAAGUGGUCAGUAUAAGAUAUUAUAUAUAAAUAAGAAAUACCAACAAAACAUUUAAAUUAUUAGGUCCGUUUUAGCUACUAUUGUAUGAAAAAACGAUUCUUUAAAAGUGCACCGGAACAUAUUAACUUUGUCAACAUGGAUUUUUGGUUAUUUGGAUAGAUAGGAAUAUUUGUUCAUGAUUGAGAUGUUUAGUUUAAAUAAAACUUGACACCACACAUGACAUUGGUUGAUUUG